AUGUCUGAGGAUGAGGUACUUGACAAGUCCCUUGUGAACAGGUUCUUUAAAUACAUAAGGAUGCAAUCAAACAAUAAGAGAUGUGCGGACUGCAACAAUCUAUCACCCAUAUGGGUAACAGUGACGUAUGGAUUCUUCAUAUGCACAGAGUGUGCUUCAAAGCAUCGAGAACUUGGAGUUAGAAUAACAAAAGUGAAGUCUACUAUCCUAGACACAUGGAGUUUAUCUGAACUCCGAAGGGUGUAUGUAUCUGGGAAUUCCAACGCCCCCAAGCUUGGAAAGGUUUCAGACCUUCGAACCAAGUAUACAAAAGCAGAGUGGUACUCCAGGGCCGUUGAUGAGUUAUCUAAGAAGAGUGAGAGAGACGAGCCUGGUACCUCCUUCAUUGACAGCUUGGCUAAAGGAAAUGAAAGGGUCUUAGAGCCGAGAAAGAUAGAGGAAAGGAGAAUGCCGAAGUUUUCAGAUUCGGAUGCAAAAUAUGUAGAAGAAAAAAGUAUAACAAAUGAAAAGCAGUCUGAUGAAUUGAAGGAGACCAAGAUUAAGAUAGACAAGCCUGUUGUUAUUAAAAAAAACACAUUCCCAUCUCUUCGGACAUCUCAGAAGGAAGCCUUCAAUGUUGAAGGAGACGAAUCAUAUGUUAAGAAACUAGGGUUUGGAGCACUGAAUAUACAGAAGAACGAUGAGGACAGGCAGCCUUCAGAAUAA